CUGAGCGAACCUUUAGAACUCUGAGACAGACAAUAUUCUGUUACAUUGUAGCAAAAUGGCGACUGUCAUUCACAACCCCCUGAAAGCGCUCGGGGACCAGUUCUACAAGGAAGCCAUUGAGCACUGCCGGAGUUAUAACUCGAGGCUGUGUGCGGAGCGCAGUGUGCGGCUUCCCUUCCUGGACUCUCAGACUGGGGUGGCUCAGAACAACUGCUACAUCUGGAUGGAGAAGAGGCACCGGGGCCCAGGGCUGGCUCCGGGGCAGCUAUACACAUACCCAGCCCGCUGCUGGCGCAAGAAAAGACGAUUGCACCCGCCUGAGGACCCGAAGCUACGACUGCUGGAGAUCAAACCCGAAGUGGAGCUGCCCCUGAAGAAAGAUGGGUUCACAUCGGAGAGCACCACUCUGGAAGCCUUGCUCCGCGGUGAGGGUGGGGAGAAGAAGGUGGACACCCGAGAGGAGGAAAGCAUCCAGGAGAUACAGAGGGUCUUGGAAAAUGAUGAAAAUGUCGAAGAAGGGAAUGAAGAAGAGGAUUUGGAAGAGGAUAUUCCCAAGCGAAAGAACAGGACCAGAGGCCGGGCUCGUGGCUCUGCAGGUGGCAGGAGGAGGCAUGAUGCUGCCUCUCAGGAAGACCAUGACAAACCCUAUGUCUGUGACAUCUGCGGCAAGCGCUACAAGAACCGGCCAGGCCUCAGCUAUCACUAUGCUCACACCCACCUGGCCAGCGAAGAGGGCGAUGAAGCCCAGGAUCAGGAGACCCGCUCCCCACCUAACCACAGAAACGAGAACCACAGACCCCAGAAAGGACCAGAUGGGACAGUCAUUCCCAAUAACUACUGUGACUUCUGCUUGGGGGGCUCUAGCAUGAACAAGAAGAGUGGGCGGCCUGAGGAGCUGGUGUCGUGUGCAGACUGUGGACGCUCUGUCAACUCUCUGGCCUUGGAACUGUGCAUCCUUCAAGCAAGCCAUUUCCGAAGAAGGAGAAAAGAACCCAGGAUAGACACCAUCUCCUCCUCCUCCUCCUCUUCCUCUUCCUCUCCCCUUGCCUGGCCCCUCCUAUGCGUGUGUUUCAGCCAACACCAGAGCCUGGAUUGUGGUCAAGUCCUCCAGCACAACUCUGCUCAGAUCAAUGAAGCACAGGAAUGGCCUAAGUUUGUGCAAUAAGAAGAUUUUUGGUUUUCUUUCUUUCUUCCUUUUUUUUUUUUUUUUUAAUCCUUCGUUACAUCUCCUUUCACUGUCUGUGACAAAGUAACCCAGGUCAGACUGGAAUUUGCUCUACAAUAGAAAUAACUGAACAUGAACAAACUGACAAAAAAUUAAAGAAAAAAGAGUUAACUAUUUUAUUUAUUUCAAUAUUUAAAAAAAGAGUGCUGACAUUGCACACUAUUUUUGUUUAAGUACCUUCUACUUCAAAAGCAAUUUUGUGAAGACAUGGAAUCAAAAGAGUACUUACUGUAAAAUAAAGCCUGCCUAUGGACUCUAAGGAAAAUCCUCCCCUAGCCCCCAACAUUUUUAGUAAGAAAAUAAAGAUCAACUCUGCUC